CCCCGCCCCCCCCCACCCCCAGCAGCAGCAGCAGCAGCAGCAGCAGCAGCAGCAGCGCAGCAGCAGCAGCAGCAGCAGCAGCGCAGCGGCACCACCUGUACACGGACCACCGCGUAGCCGCCGGCUUCACCUCGACCGCAGUUGUGGGGCGGACUGUCCAGGUGUACAGACACCUGACGCAGCGCGAACUAAUGCUGCCAAUCUACUUUUGCUGCCAGCAGCAAAAAAUAAAAAGUUAUGUUCGAAUGGAGACAAACUGUGGGGCGUUGAACCUUGAGGUGUACAGCCACCUCGCGCCCCGAGCAGCAGACAGCUUCCUGCGGCUCUGCAGCAGCAGCUACUUCGAGAACAUUCCUUUCCACAGACUCAUUCCCAACUUCCUGCUGCAGGGGGGCCGCGCGGAACUCCGCCUGCAGCAGCAGCAGCAGCAGCAGCAGCAGCAGCAGCAGCAGCAGCAGCAGCAGCAGCAGCAGCAGCAGCAGCAGCAGCGGCAGCCGAUGGUGAGCCGCAGCGGCUUCGAGGACGGAGAGCCUUUUGAGGACGAACUGCUGGGGCAGCUCAGCCACGAGGGCAUUGGGGUCUUGGGAAUGGCCAGCAGCAGCAGCAGCAGCAGCAGCAGCAGCAGCAGCAGAAAAAAAAACCUCUCCGAAUUCUACAUCACCUUCAAGUCCUGCAAACACCUCGACGGCAAACACACCAUCUUCGGAAGGGUGGUGGGGGGCCUGGAGGUGCUGCGGGCGUGGGAGACGAUCCCAGUGGACUCCCGGGAUCGUCCCCAGCGGCCUUUAGUCAUUCAGAAAAUGCACAUUUUCAAAAAUGGAUUUGAAGAAGCAAAAUUAAAACUCGAAAAAGAAAAAAAUGAAAAACUCAACAAAGAGGCCGAGGAGGCCAAGGCGCAGGCUCGUCCGUGGUUUAACAACAGAGACGCUUUGGACUUUUCGGCGAAUCACCCGGAGCGGCAUUCGCGGAAAGUGGGGAAGUACCUGCCUGCUGCUGGACCUGCAGCAGCAGCAGCAGCAGCAGCAGCAGCAGCAGCAGCAGCAGCAGCAGCAAAAGGAGUGCCCCCUCGCCCGCAAGACCUUAUGGGCGAAGCAGCUCUUUACGCGUUGGCCCCCAAAAGGCCCAAAGGCGCGGGAAACACCCCCGCGUUGGUGAACAGUUUGUUGACUUCGCUGUGCAACAUUUCGCCCUUCUUUAGGGGCGCGGGAAACACCCCCGCGUUGGUGAACAGUUUGUUGACUUCGCUGUGCAACAUUUCGCCCUUCAAGCUACUGCCUGUCACCGAAGAGACACAGCUGGCCCUCUUUUCUCAGCAGCAGCAGCGGCAGCAGCAGCAGCAGCAGCAGCAGCGCCAAAAGGCGAAGCAAAUAAAUAAAAGCCUUCGCAAGCAGCAGCAGCCUACAGCAGCAGCAGCAGCUGCUGCUGCAAAUGCAGCAGCAGCAGCAGCAACAGCAGCAGCAGCAGCAGCAGCAGCAGCAACAGCAGCAGCAGCAGCAGCAGCAGCAGCGGCAGCAGCAAGCGGCUGCUGCCUCUCACCGCUGACGCCCCUAGCGGGAAACGGAGCGCCAGCUGCUCUCAUGUUCUUGCUUGUGCCAGCAGCAGCUGCUGCUGCUGCAGCAACGGACGAAGCAACUUGCUGGGCCCCCUCCGUCGCCCCGUGCAAGCUGCUGCUGCUGCCAAAGCCUCUGCUGCUGCUGCUGUUUAAACACUUCACUGUGGACGAGCUGCCGCGAGUUGCUGCUGCUGCUGCUCCUCUCUGGCGUUUGCUGCUGCAGGGGGAGCUGCUGCUGCGCGGCUGCAGCGCGAGGCUUCACUCGGGAAGGCGCUGGCUGCAGGACGACAGCAGCCCGCCAGCAGCAGCAGCAGCAGACAGCUGCAGCAGCAGCAGCAGCAGCAGCAGCAGCAGCAACAGCAACACGGGAUUCAGCAGCAGCAGCAGCAGCAGCUGCAGCAGCGGCAGCAGCGUCAAUGCUAGCAGCAGCAGUAGCAGCAGCGGACCCAACACCGGCAGCAGCAGCAACAGCAACAGCAACAGCAGCAGCAACAGCAGCAGCAGCAACAGCAGCAGCAGCAGCAGCAGCAGCAGCAGCAACAGCAGCAGCAGCAGCAGCAGCAGCAGCAGCUCAGUGGUCCCUUUGUUGAUGUCUGAGUUCCCUGGGCGGGUAUCUUCGCUGUCUUUGAGCAGCAGAGUGUUGGGGCAUUUCCCGCCGCUGCAGCUGCUGCUGCUGCUGCGGCAGCAGAGCAGCAGCCUGAAGCAGCUUUUAAUUGCUUCUAAAGAUUGCUGCUCCCAGGGCUUUGUCUUGGGGCCCAGUGACUGGCAGCAGCUGCCUCCCGAGGGCCCCUUUGCCCACAAGCAGCAGCAGCAGCAGCAGCAGCAGCAGCAGCAGCAGCAGCAGCAGCAGCAGCAGCAGCAGGAGGGGGCUGAGGCGGGCGCGGAGGGGGCGCAGCAGGGAGGCUGCGUGCUGCAGCAGCAAGCAGCAGCAGUGUCUGCUGCUGCUGCUGCUCUCUCCGGUGUCUGCUUCAGCCAGCUGGAGUCGCUGCAGCUGCAGGGCUGCCAGUCCUUCCUGUGGCUGCGGCUGCUGCGCUGCUGCUGCUUCCCCUGCUGCAGCAGCUUCACUGUUGCAUGCGCAUGCAUUCAGCAGCACACGCUGCCGCCGCCCUACGGGCCUGCAGCAGCAGCAGCAGAUCUCCUUUCUCUUGUGCAGCAGAUGCAGCAGCUGCAGCACCUCCACUUGGAGAUGGCGCUGCCGCCUCCCCGCUGCUUCUGGAGGGCCCUUUUCUCCCCCGAGCAGCAGCAGCAGCAGCAGCAGCAGCAGCAGCAGCAGCUAGUGCAGCAGCAGCAGCAGCAAGUGCAGCAGCAGCAGCAGCAGCAGCGCACGCUGCGGGUGUGCGAAGGCGUGUUUCUGAACCUAGCAGAGGUGCUGGGGCAGCAGCUGCUGCAGAGGCCCCCCGCUGCUGCUGCUGGGGGCCCCCUGGGGGGCCCCUGGAGCAGCAGCAGCAUUUUUGUUGUGGGGGGACUUCGGCGGAUUUCGUCUUUGGCAAUGUGGCGUUCUUUGGAGAGUCUGGGGUGUACAGACAGCUCAAGUAGCUGCUGCAGCGUGAGGUGUCAGUUCCUGCAGGCCGAAGCAGCACCUGCUGCAGCAAAGGACAAGUUGCUGCUGCAGCUGCUGCAGCAGGCCACGCACCUGGACCUUGUCUUCAGCAGCAGCGCAGCAGCAGCAGCAGCAGCAGCAGCAGAACAGCGCCGGCUGCUGCCGCCACCCCCAAACAUCAGGACCAUUCCUACAUACCCCAGCGUUGCUGGCGGGGAGCAGCAGCCACGUUUGCUGCUGCGCUGCACAGCGCAGCAGCAGCAGCAGCAGCAGCAGCAGCAGCAGCAGCAACGGCAACAACCGCAGCAACAGCAGGUGCAGCCGCAGCAGGUCUCACGGGGAGUUGAGUUCCCCGCCAGCUCAGAGACAGCAGCAGCAGCAACAGAAACAGCAGCAGCAGCAGCAACAGCAGCAGCAGCAGCAGAGAUGUGUCUUGCUGCUGUCAAUGCCCGCAGCAUUGCGCUGGACUUAAGGCAGGUUAGCGCGCCCCUCACGGGGCUGCGCCACACACAGUAUCUGCAGCAGCAGCAACAGCAGCAACAGCAGCAGCAACAGCAGCAGCAGCAGCAGCUGCAGCAGCAGCAGCAGCAGCAGCAGCUGCAGCAGCAGCAGCAGCAGCAGCAGCAGCAGCUGCAGCAGCAGCAGGUUGCGUCUGCUGCCAAGGAGAAGGGGUUUGGAAGCACCAGAGUGACCAGCAUAUGGGUCACUGGGCUUCCUGCUGCUGCUCAGCGGUGCAGCACAGACAAGGCGGAGCAGCACUGCUGCUGCUGCUGCUGCUGCUGCUGCUGCUGCCCCGUUGGCUGCUGCUUAGCCAGGCGCAGCGGGGGCUCACCCGCUGCUGCCUUCGCUGCAGCAGCAGCAACAGACAAACCCGGUGGGAAAAGCAGCAGCAGCAACAGCAGCAGCAGCAGCAGCAACAGCAGCAGCGGCAGCAGCAGCAGCAGCAGCAGCAGCAUGUGCAUGGGCUCGCUGCUGCAGCUGUGCGUGCUGCCGCUGCUGCAGCAGCUGCAUGCGUUUGUCUUGGGGCACCACGGGCUGCAGGGGGGCCCCUGGCGGCAGCCAGCUGGUGCUGCUUUGCUGCAGUGCGACAGUUUGCUGCUGCAGCAAGUUUGCUGCAGCAGCAAACUGCGGGCGAAGUGUGUGGGGCUGGCAGUGCAUGCAGCCCCGAAGACGCAGCAGCAGCUGCGGAGCUGCCUGCAGUUUGUUGCUGCUGCAGUGGCGCUGCCAGCAGCAGCAAGGCCCCCGCUGCAGCUGCUGCAGCUGCUGCUGCUGGGGGAGCAGGGCGGCAGCUGCUGCGUGCAUGCAGAGGCCCGCGCAGACCCCCGCGUGCUGCAGCUGCUGCUGCAGCUGCUGCUGCAGCACCCGCUGCUGCAGCAGGUGGAAGUUGCUGCUCCCAUCUUCCUCAGGGACCCCGCGGAAGCAGCAGCAGCAGCAGCACAGGCAGAGCCCCCGCUGCUGCAGCAGCUGCAGCAGCUGCUGCAGCAGCAGGGCUUCGAGCGCGCUGCAUGCAGCAGCAGCUGCCUCUUCCGCCAUCUUUUCAUUUUUAAAAAAAAACAAAAGUCUCUUUAA